GCUCGUGACUUGAGUAACUCAAGAAAGGUUUGCCCUCCCAUCCGUGGAUACCGGUACCGGUACUGGUGGUACCGCAUAGCCGAACAUGGUGUCAAGCCGAUUUUUAGCGAUCAGGUCUGCAGCAAGAUGAUCGACGGAUCAAAGUGUCGCGACGGGUAGGGUCCAUCACAGCCGUGCAUUGACUGAACCACUAGCACUGUUUGCUACUACUAGAACAACCACCAUGAAGAUCUCAGCGUUCAUUUCCCUCUUGUUGGCAUGCAUUUGUGCUUCUGCAAGUGCCUUUACUCUCCCCACUACUCAGAGCGGGGCAAUCAGAUCCAAGAGCUUUGCGUUGGGUCCUGUGGCCGGCAACGGCAUCGAGUGGGAUGAGAUUGUUAUGGGUCAAGGAAGACGGAUCCUUCCUGGAGAUACAGUUCUUUGCUACUACGUUGGAUCUUUCACCAGCAAUGAUGGAGGCUUCUUCAGUAAAGACAAGCAAGUGGUUUUUGACCAAACAGAUGAAGAUCAGCCAUUUCAGUUUGUGGUUGGAAAAGGCAACGUCAUCAAAGGAUGGGACGUUGGAAUUCUAGGUGACCUCGAUGGAGAUAUCAUUCCAAUGAAAGUAGGCGGCAAACGACGUCUCAACAUUCCCUCUAAGUUGGCCUACGGGGCAAACGGAGUGGGACCGAUCCCUGCCAACCAGGAUCUAUCAUUUGAUUUGGAAGUGGUAUUGGAAGCCAAGCACACGGGCUACUGCAUGAUGAUUGUGUAG